CGAGCCGUUCGAACGGAAUGUUUGGUUCGAAUUACUUUCGCAUCUUAUCGAACUUAUAAUAAAUACUACUUAUAAUAAAGCGUUUUAUAGACAAAUUGUGAAACGUUAGAGUGCUGGCCUCAACCAUGGUUGAAAAAGGAAAGAUUUGUCGCUUUUGCUUAGGCCAAAAUGGGUUAACAUUAUUGUCGAAAACACUGAAUACAGGAUUCACUUUUGAGGAUGUGGUAUACUGUACCGGUAUCGAGAUUUCCAAGAGUGAAGAAAUCACUAUAUGUCAUGAAUGUUGUACGGCAAUCAACUAUGCGGUGAAUUUUCGUCGUACGUGUUUGAAUAAUGAUAUCAUUUUUAAGAAGCUCGUCACCAUGAUAAAUUUGAUUGGAAAGGACGAUACAAUAACAUCUGCUGCAGCAAAGGACGCUAGCCCUGGCAUCCACACUACUGAAUCUGUUGGCUUUACUCGAACUGAUGAUGAUAUAAUAGCACUGGACGACUCGGAAUCAAAUGAUUCUACUUCGUUUUGCGGGCAGCCGAUUUCGGAGGAAAUUGAUAACACUUUUCCGCAAAGCGUUAUAGCGAAUCCACCGUGUACAGAAGAGGAACCCCCUGAAAUCUACCAGAAACCCGAUGUUGAAGCAUUGGAUGGUAAUGAUUCCGAUUAUUCCGUGCCAUCUCUGUACGAGGAAGCUAUAAAAGAAGCUUUGGACAAAAAAAUUAUCGGAACCGAUAAGGAUGAAAGUACAAUAUGUUCCUAUGAAGACAGGACGCAGGCAACGGAUUGUGAAUGCAUAAAGGGUAAUAGCGAAACUUCAACGAACUGGUCUAUUGGAAAUAGAAUUCCAGUGGAUAGCAGUGACUCGGAUGAUUCUAUAACCUCGCUAUAUACCGAGUGGAUGGAAAAAUAUUCCGGUGAACCGUACGUUGUGUCUACUAGUUGUCCUAUCCAUGGUGGUACUACAAAAAGAACGGCUGGGCUAUGUCCUUAUUGUGGAUUGAUGACAAGUCAAUACGUCUCACAUGUAAGUCGACAGCACGCAAAAUUAAAGAAAUUAGAUUGUCCACAUUGUCCGAAGAAGUUUACGGAAAGAUUUCAUCUUAAACGGCAUAUUAAUACGAGUCACGAGAGGCGCAUAAUUUUAACCUGUCCACAGUGCGGAAAAGGAUUUGUCAAUCACAGCAGCUACACCUACCAUAUGGUAAACUCUCACAUAAAGAGUGCCAUCUAUGAGUGUGAAACAUGUAAUCGAAAAUUAAAGUCUUGGGAUGGGUACAAAAAACAUUUGAAGGAACAUUCACUGGCUGUGCUGAAGUGCUUAGAUUGUGGCAAGCUCUACAAAACAAUGUUUACGCUCGAACAACAUAAACUUCGUUAUCAUCCUUCGUAACGGUUGGCAUUAGUACUGAAAUACUAUUUUUCAAUUUAAACCUUUUGUAUUUUGGGGAUAUGUGUACAUUACUUUAUUAAUCUAACACAUUAAAAUACAUAAUUAACAAAUAACAGAUUAAAACAGGCGGACGGUCACGACGACGCGUCCGCUCCACUCGAAAUGCCGAUCAGAAGAGA